AUGUUAUUCCAUUCUAUUAGAUAUCUUUACACUCUCCAUACAGAACAAGAACAAAAAUGUUAUUUUUGCGUUUAUAAUUCUUUAUUACUAAAAGUUUACUUCGAUUACGAAAGAACGGCUUUUUUGUAUGAAUACCUUUCGGUAGAUCACAACAGUGACAAUCAUUUUAGUAGCAGUGAUAAGAUCGUGAAUUGGAAACAAGAGGGAGCAUCGAUUAUGUCAGAGGUUGAUGCUUCCUACUUUCGACAUAUUAUCGCUCUCUCCGUUGUUACAGAUAAUUUUUAUAGAGUCCUUGUUCCAUUUACACUAUUAUGUAACUCUCAAGAAACUGAAUUUCAAGUUUGUCGAGUUGGAGAAUUUCCCCAAUCAUGGAAAAUCAAAUUCACAAAAGGAGAAAUAAAUGAUGCCUCAUUCUGUGCUGCUACUUUGUUAGACGGACCAUCAGUUUUGUUUGUUUUUCAGAGUGUAUCUUUUGUGAAUUCUGAUAUGAAUUACAACAACACGUUUAGUAUUCUUUGGAGACCAACAAUAGGGACUACCGAUAAUUCUAAUAAUGCUAUUAAUGCCACUACCAUAAUCAAAAUUUCCGCAAACUUUGUUUACGGAAUUCUGGAGGAUCAUUCUCAUUAUGAAAAAAGCGAGAGUCAUUUUCGGCGAGAUACUGAGAUCGUCUCUGAUGACAUUUAUGGCAGAAUUUUUGUUAUCUAUUGUCCCCUCAACGAAUCCUGUAUCAAAAUAAAAUAUAUUGGUCCGAAUGAUGAUAAAGAUGCAAUAGCUUUCGAAAAGAAUCCAUUCCUGAAUUCAGUGCCUGGAACAUUUGCAAGAAAUGCAUCGUGUUUGUUACCGAAGGCUAAUUAUGAUCAUCAAGAAAAUCCAAGAUGGAUCUGGAUAGGAACGAUACAAGAAGAAAUAGUGUGCUUGAAAUGCAAUUGCAGGACUAAUAUUAGCGGUUGGAAUGAUUACGAUACUUAUUGUGAAUGGAAAGUUGAAAAGUGUAUUCAAAUUCCGGAAAAACCUGUGUUAAUAAAAGAAGUAAUAAUACAUGAUGAUAGUUUUCGAUGUAAUUCAGUAUUAAUUGUAUUGACGGAUCAAAACAAUUCCAUUAUAAUAAACUCUGAAAAUGGGAUUAUUCUCGAAGAGAUCUCUAAUGGAUUUAUGUGUGCUCAUGGAGAUUUUUUUAGCAAAGCAUCUGAUCAACUGAUAAAAGUUCCAAUUUCCAAUAUGGAAAAUAUUUACACUUGGAGUCUCAUUAAUCUGAAUUGUUCAAAUUUGAAUGAUUCAUUUACGAUUGAAGGUGACAAUAUUGAAAGUGAUGCCCAUUUAAGUUCGAAACUUGAAUCUUUGAAUAAUCGAGUGAUUGAGGAAAAAGCUAAAAUUAAAAAAUUAAAUGAUUCGAUAAAAGCUAAGCAAGAAAUACUUUUACAAUGUAAUUCACUGCUAGAUUCUAUGUCUGACGUUUUCCAAAUCGAAGAUGAUGACUAUACAACGGGAUCAACCACAAAUUUACGAAGAAAACAUGCUAUUAAUAAUCACAAACAAAGUUAUGAAAUGAUGAGAUUAUUAUCCAUCAAUUCUAGUAAAGAUUAUGCCGAGUCAUCAUCAUCAUCAAGAAAGGAAGAAUCACCUGAAAAAAAAUACAUAGAAGUCGAGGAGGCAAGGACAAUUUUAGGAGGAACAAAUCUAAGAGAUGAGUUGUUAUUCGAAGUAACUGUGAAAAAUGCUGGAAGCCAAAAUAUUUAUGACGUCCAUUUGACUCUUUUCAUAAAAAAGGCUUCAAGAGCAUCAAUAACAUCAAUAACGAAAAGCCGUGCCAAACGCAUCCCAAUUAUUUCGACAACUGCCGAAAAAGUAGUGCUAACAUCUGUUGUAGACAUUCCCAUGGGCGCAAUAAUUGAUGGUUCUGAGUUUGGGGCACAAAUAUGUUUUCGACUAUCGGCGAACUUAAAUUAUGAAUACGAAGACCCGUUUCUCGCGAACACUAAUCAAGAUUGGAAAAUCGUGUGCGUGAAUGAGUUCAGUCAAGUUAAUAAAAUUAUAUGUGAUGAGCGGCUUAUGUUUCCAACAGUGAUUGAUUUUUAUCUUUUAUGUACAAACACCAUACCAAAUCAGUCUAAUUUAUCAGUUAUACCAAAUUUAUUGGAACAAAUUGGCGCAUGGGAGACUUCGGAUUUUUUCACACCAAAUACUAGUGAAAUGCAUCUUCCUAGAGCUUUCCAGGCCAAAGAUGAGUUUUUCGCUGUAUUAUUAUAUCCUAUGACUACUUCAAACAUGGCUGUCUCUUUAGUCGAUACGAUCAAACUACAAAUUCAAGCUAAAACCGAUAGAGCGGCGCUUGAUAUUUUGAGAAAGAUGAAACUGAGCUUGCCAGAAGAUAUCCUUUUUAUACUGUAG